AUGUCUGGAAGGCCCGAGGAAGGACUUUACGAUAAUGAGGAAAUUCAAGCGCCUACUGUCCCGCAGGGAGAUCGGAGGAGAGCGAGGUCGGAAUUUGAGGGUGACACAGAUCACUCCUCUGCGAGUCGCAGAGGAUUGGAGGAAGCGCGGCGACCACAGUGGACCAUGAGAAGCACCGUAAAGGACAUCCUGCUGGAGGGAAGCACUCUCAGCACCAACAUGAAGCUGAAUGAAUUCCUUCGGAGCAACUUGGGUGGCAGGGGAGUUGUGGACACCAAUGAGAACGUCGCUAUGGAGAUGUUUGUUCAGGAUCCCGAGAUGUUUAUCCAAAACGAAAGGUUAUUACGCAUAAUAAAGGCAUCGCUGUCAUACCAAGAGCUGGAGGCCAUUAAUAAGCUUCAUCACGAAGAUGUGCUCUCUCUCGAGCAAUGGAGGGACUAUGAAGGAAAGGAUACAGUCACUCCUCUUGCGAGGAGAAAACUAAAUGGAGUUCUCAUUCAGAUACUGACAGAGGAAAAGCUUGAUGCGGAAGAAAGGGCAAGGCGGGAACAGCAACAAGUAAUAUUUAACUUAUAUGCUAAGAUCGAAGAUUUGUUGUUUGGAGGGAGAGUUCGCCUCAUCGACAUAAGCCUGAAUGAUUUUCUUACGAUGGAAUUUGACGGCAGAGGCAUUUUGCGCGCCAAUCGGAAUGUCUUACUGGAGGAGUUUUUUAUUGAUCCCACGAAGUAUAUCCGCGAUGCGGGAGUAUUGAACGAAAUGCAGGCAUCAGGUCACUAUGCGAGGAUAGAGAAGACUGUAAGGGAUGAAAUGGAUUUGGAAGAAGUUGUACGCAGGCUUCACGAGAAUGGUGUCAACAACCUACUUGGGUGGUCAUUAGCUGCUGAGGAGGUAAAAGCAUGUGCUCGAGACAACAAUAAAAACACAUUGGAUGCAGCCCUUCAUGAAGCGAGGAAGCCAACAACGACAAUUGCACCGAUAUACCUGGAGGGAUGCUACGAGUCUGUGCACAAUGCGAGUUGGCACCAUGUCGUGGAAGUUCCUGAUGGCGAGGGGACGGGGACGGGAAUAGGGAUGGAAGUGAGGGAAGGGGAAGCACCGCAGUCAUGGUCGUACAAGGCGGUUGGCUACACUCUCGAAAAGAAUGACGCUGUGGAGCAAUUCGGCGCAGAGCGUCUCAAGCUGACGGUGCUCACCUCGGACAAGGGAUGGCCGUACACGUGGGGAGAAGGGCUGAAUGAACUUAUUCCUGACUGCUAUGUGAACUGUGAGGUGGAUCGAGUGUGGCAGAUCGUCAAGGGCGAUCUCACCGGAUGGUUCAGCAGUCACGAGAAGAACAAACUUUCGCCUGAUCCGUUUAUGUUGAUUGGGACGCCCGGGAUCGGGAAGUCGAUGGCUGCCGGUUCGUACCUCCUCUACCAGCUGCUGCACUACGAUGCGAAGCGACUGCAAAUGGUUGCGUACGUUAUUGGGAAUCGAAAAUUUCUUUUUGACAAGACCGCCAAAACGGUGGAAAAAUACAGUGCGGCGUCUAAUAUCGUGCAUACUUUGCGCAGUUUCUCUCGGCGUGGGGUGAAAGGGUAUAUUAUCUACGACGUGGCAUUGAAGGGUCAUCAAACGUCUACUGCUUUGCCUUGCGAGGGAUGGGGCAUGAUUGUGGUGACAUCACCGAACAAAAACAACUACGAAUCGUGGGCGAAGCUGGUGGAAGCGGAAAAAAUCAUAAUUAAUUGCCCUGACGAGAGCGAUGUGAGGGCAAUGUGCAUUUGGAUGAAGCGCAAUCGGCGGCUUGAGGAGGAAGAAGCGGACUACUGGAAGAAGGUGAAGGAUCGCAUGGAUAAAGUGGGAUCGCUUCUUCGCUACAUCUUUGAUGACAGCGAAUACAAAUCUCGGCUUGUCUCGUGCAAAAGUAAAGUUAAAUCAAUGAACCUUUUUGCUACCCACUAUUACUCUAUUUUGGGGACUAAUGAAGUGUGCGAUGAUAACCACAUCUCUCACAAAGUUGUAAAGGUCGUACGAGUACGAGGAGGAAGCAAUUUAGAAUUGCCUUACAAUGCACUGAUGUCUCCUUAUCUCGGAAAUUUAGUGACAUGCAAGUUGGCGGAGUUAAUGGCGCCGAAUAAUUUUAUUUUACUCGUAUUGGCUAUUAAGGACGAUCUCUUAUCAAAACCCCUUGAAAAGCAUUCCGUGUUUACUUUUUUGAGCGAGGCCUUUGUAAGUGCAAUAAUACCGAAACUCAGGGAGCUGAAAAUAGAAGAAGAUGCUCCGCCACACCGCUGUGCGUUGGAAUUGUAUCCACAUGAGCGCCCUCUCAAGCCCUGUAUUUUCCAGUGCCUGGAAAAAUUUAAAAAGAAGAUUAAUAUAGAGUAUCGGGUGCUGUACAAACCGGUGGCUCAAAACUUUCCGUUGGUGGACGCCUUUUUCUUUGUGGACUCAAAUCCGAAGACGCUGGUUGGGCUGCGGAUGACUACGGCGGGUGAGCAUCACACCACAACCAGCGCCGUGAGGCAGUUCAAGGAGCGUAUGGAGAGUUAUUUUAAUGGUUGGGAGGAAUUUUCUGAGGGAUUGUCGUGGAAUAUUAUUUAUAUACAGCACGCAGACAGCACGCCGAUGAUUGAAUGGCAGAGAUGUGGUCCCGUCGUUACCGAUAAUUUGAGCGACGCUGAAAACGAGAUUGUGGCGUUCUGGGAGGAGGAGGUGCACCAGUACCAAGUGUCUGUAUCAUCCAGAGACUUUAAAGGAAAAGAAGAAGCUCCCCCAACUGUGGAAGAACAACAACAGGAAACAGAUUAG